AUGAAGCUAAACUUUAGAUUGAAAAUCAUUUUAGCUUCAUCCUGGCGUUUGGAUGUUGUCGGCACCAACUCGACCGUGGGCGUCAUAGGACAGCUUCAAACCAAACAGGUAGACUUUUCCUUGACGCCACUCUCCCUGCAACCGGAACGCAUGUUAACCUACGAUCCCACGAUUGAAAUCGCCCGUGGAAAGUUCUACACAAUCUUUCGCCAUCCUAAGUAUGGGAUGGAACGAAACAUUUUCCUUCGACCAUUUCAAACCAUGAGCUGGAUCAUCAUGGUGACGCUGCUGGCCUGCAGCGCAACGCUUCUUAGCGCAAUUUUUAUUGCACGAAGAACUACAGCUGCUAACGCACUGCCUGUGGCGCUUCUCAGUGCGUUAGGUGCACUUACGCAGCAAUCAAUAGUAGCAGUAGCCGGCAGAAGGACGCUUACUGGCAGUGAAAAGCUACUACUGCUGGCAUUGUUUGGUUGCUGUAUGCUUUUGCUGCAGUUCUACUCAUCCUUUGUCAUAGGGUAUCAGCUUAUAGACCCGCCCAAAAGCAUCAACACGAUGGAACAGUUGAUUGCCACCGGAAUGCCUGUUUCGAUUGAAAAUGUAUAUUACAACCGAGACUUCUUCAUGAGAACCACAGAUCCUGUCGCAAGAGAUCUGUAUCGCAGGCGUAUUCUACCGAGUAAGGAGGGAUUUGUUAACGUGUCCACUGGAAUCGCCCUAGUCAGGCAGGGUGGGCAUGCUUUCCACUGUGAAACAUCAUACGGAUACACACACGUUUUAGAAACGUUCACCGAAAGGGAAAUUUGUGAAUUACACCAUGUGCUGCUGUACCCGCACCGAAUUAUUCAUAUCCCGCUAGCGAAAGGCAGCCCACUGAAGGAACCGUUUAAGGUUCAGUUACAGAUCGUGCGUGAAUCCGGCCUCCUGGCAUACCACCAGGCGCGAUACUAUGCGGCACGGCCUAGAUGCGUCAAAGACAGCCAUCAGACCGAGCCGGUGAAAUUGGCUGAUGUCGUGUCUGCGUUCGUACUGUUGGCCUGUGGGGUACUUUGCUGUUGGUUCCUCCUGUUAGUGGAAGUAUUGUUCCGAUGUAUCCAGUUACGCUACACCAGACAGAUAGAGUCCGUCUCGUUGGAAUAA